GCGACUAGCCAGUGUAGCUUCGUCGAUCUUCCGCUCCUGUCAUCUGUCCUUGGUGGUCGAGAAGGCGAUCGAUGGCGUCAUCGUUGGUGUGGUCGAGGCGCGCGCUGGUCGUGAUGGCGGUGGCUGCGAUGGUGCUGGCGGCGCAGUCGUCGGAGGCGGCGGCGAGGAGCGGCGGGGCCGACGAAGACGAGCUUCGGUUCCCGGGGUUCCCGGGCGGCAGGCAGCGCAACCCUGGCUUCCCGGGGGUGCCCGGGGGCAGGGUAGCGUCGCCGCCAGCGUCUCGCUUCAAGCCGUCCUCGCCGCCGCCGUCGCCGCCGCCGCCGUUGCAGUCGUCGCCCGCUAUUAGCCCACCGUGCGUCAGCAGCGGGGCGCCUUCGCAGCCGGCGCUGCAGCCGCUGCCCGGGUUCCCAGGCCUGCAGCAGCCGGGCAACGGCGGCGGGUCGGCGUCGUCGCCGGCGGACUGCGUGACGCCGCUGGCGGGGCUGAUGACGUGCGCGUCGUUCCUGACGGGGAGCGAGCCGGACACCCCGACGCCGCAGAGCGAGUGCUGCAGCGGGCUGGGCAUGUUCCUCAACAGCACGGCGGCGGUGGACGACCGCUCGCUGCGGUGCCUGUGCCCGGUCAUCCUCGGCGACGUCAACCGCAUGCUGCCCAAGCCCAUCGACCCCGUCCGCAUGAUGUACCUCCCCAUCUCCUGCGGCGUCGUCCUCCCCCCUCAAGUCCUCUUCAUCUGCUUCACUGGACAGCCAACGCCACCCGUGGUCUCGCGCAUCCCCGACUCCUGGAUGACGCCAGCUUCAUCAGCAUUGACACCUUGA